CGAGAAGAAGAGUCUGUCAGAUGGUGGUGUACGUCAGUUAGACUAAAGCCAGUAGGAAAAAGUGAGCAAAGUGGUGCUGAGAGGGUAGUUCUAGGUCGAAAUUCAGAAAAAGGAAGCGAGGACCAUGCUGAGGGUUUGUCUGCGUGGAGUCAAGGCCACCGCUCAGAAGAGCUCUGGGAGAAUCCGUCUGACUAAUGUGCAGCAGUGCAGGGAAUACACAACAGGAGAAAGCAGCGGUGCUUCCAGAGUGGUAGCAGCUGGCUUGUUGACGGUAACUGGGGGCAUUGGAGGCACAAUCAUCUACGCCAAGUGGGACCACAAGUUUCGAGCAGCAGUGGAGAAAAAUGUUCCAUAUUCAGAAUGGCUGUUAGGUCUGGCCUUGGGACCUGUUUCUCAAGAUUCAGGUCUUCCCAUCAGGAAACCGAUGGAGUCCAUCCAGCCUCCUUCUAUGCUGGAAAAACAGAUGAGAACGUCCAAAGCUAAGUCCGAAAAGAAACUAAAGGAGACAACAGAGUAUGGGGCCCAGGAUUCUGGCCCCACAUCGCCACAGCCGGCACAGAACAUUCAGGCAGAGGCUUCAGCAGAGGCGACUCAGAUCAUCUCGGCCAUCAGUGAAGUCCAGUCCAUUCCAGCUCCAUGCGACACCGAGCCCACAGCAGCUGCAGGGGACUGUAAAGAAUGCAGUGAUCCUAAUAUUGCCUUGGAAACAGCGACUGUCUUUCAGGACACAAAGUCGGCUGGAACAGCAGAACCUCUGAGAGAGCGGUCAGCAGAAGAAGUGGCAGCUAGGCUGGCCCAACAGAAUCAGGACGAAAAAGACAUUAUCACAUCACUGUCGGCCCGGCUGGAUGACUCCCUGGCCAGUUCUGCCAAGGCAACGCUGCAGGCUAUUGGAGCUCAGGAGGCAGCUCUGCAGGCUAUCACUCAGCACACACACAAGCUAAAGGAGGCAAUGGAAGCAGAGGGUCCAUCAGAGGAAAAGUCAACGCAGUGGAAAGAUCUAGAAGCCGCUCUGGCAGACAGAACAACUUCUGUGAAUGAUGCCAAAACUGCUCUUGUCAAAGCCAAUGAAGCUCUUGACAGUCUAAAAUCAGUGAUUGACAAAUCCAAAGGGUUGAAGAUUACAGCUGCACGGCCGCUGAUCUUAGCAGCAGAAGAGAAUCUCCAUAAAAUGGUGGUAGACUUGGACAAAGUCGUCUCCAAGGUCCAAUCAGCAGAGUCGGAAGCAAAGAUCGUGGCCCAGUACACUGAACUGGUUCAUGAAGCCAAGCAGCAGUUUCAGAGGGAAGUGAGUAGCCUAACUCCAGAGAUCCAGGCCAACUGGAAGGGCCUUACUGGUAAACUGUCAACAGAUGACCUGAACGCUUUGAUUGCCCAUGCACAUCGGCGCAUUGACCAGCUGAAUCGAGAACUGGCUGAGCAGCGAGUCCGAGAGCAGAUCCACAUGGAAGCAGCGCUGGAGCAGCAGAGAGCCGAGGACCAGAGAGCUCUGGACAAAGCCGUCGGCACGGCAAAGCAGCAUGUUAAAGAGGAGGCCCGACUGGAGCAGGAGAGGAAGCUGGCUGAGCUGAGGGAAGUGAUCGAGGCAGAGAUGAGAACUCAGCUGCGGCGGCAGGCAGCCGCUCACACCGACCACGUCCGAGAUGUCCUCAAAGUCCAGGAGCAGGAGCUGAGAGCUGAAGCUGAGCAGGAGCUGAGCAGUAAGCUGCUGGCGCAGGAAACCCGCUACCGUCAGCUCACUCAGGAACAGCUCGAUGACUUCACUCUGGAUAUGAAUGCUGCCUACGCAAGACUGAAGGGAGUGGAGGAGGCCAUAGAUAGUCAUGUGGAAGCAGAGGAGGAGGCCCGGAAAGCUCAUCGGCUGUGGCUGUCUGUGGAAGCGCUUACCUACACCUUAAAAACAGCCAGCACUGAGUCUCCCAGCAUGCCCCUGGAGGACGCUGCUGAGGCUGUGCGUGCCAGCUGCGUUGAAAAUGAUUUUGCCCUGGCUCUGGCGUCAGCUCUGCCUGAAGAAUCCCUGAAGCGUGGCGUGUACAGCGAGGCUUCCCUUCGUGCUCGUUUCAACUCUCUGCGAUCGCUCGCUCGCAGAGUUGCUCUCAUCGAUGAAUCCCACAACACCUUGUACCAGUACUUUUUAUCGUAUGUCCAAGCUGCACUGCUUUUUGAGAAGCAACAGGAAGUCCCGCCCACCCAGCUACGCAGCGAGGAUUUGGAUCCCUUCAAGCUUCUCUCAUAUGCCAGCUACUGCCUAGAGCACGGGGAUCUGGAGCUGGCAGCCAAACUGGUGAACCAGCUGCGAGGGGAGGCCAGGAGAGUGGUGGAGGAUUGGCUGAUUGAAGCCAGACUCACACUGGAAACCAGGCAGGUCAUCAGUUUGCUUUCAGCCUAUGCCAAUGCAGUGGGUUUAGGCACCACCCAGGCUCCAUAGCUGCCUCGUUGACCAGGCAACCCAAAGGGAGCAUGUAUGUUGGUAGAGGAAGCCAGCUGCAAUGUGGUCGGAUCUACAACAGCAAAAGAAAGCGCGAUAUUGUUGCAGUGAACCAUCUAUUAACGUUAACCCACAGAUUAGUUUCAAAUCACUAAGAUAAGGUGUAGUCUCAGUUUAGGCCUCGGCUUCAUUUUCUUUACCUUAUUUGGCAACAUGCCAUGGUCAUCUUAACAGUAAAUAAGUUAUGCUGCACUGUUGUGAAUAUUGCACAUUAAAUAAAUCAUUAAGAAGGAA